AUGUUUCACGCUAUACUACGCUCACCUUCUGGUGAAAUCCUAGUGAAAGCGCUCGAAUUGCGUUGUGAUACUAUCAUAAACGGCGGUGUUUACGAUACGGCCGUGUUACGGUCCGUAUACGGUCGUAAUUUUCCCGUUUACGAUCACCGUAAUGUUCGACCUGGGUAUAUUUUAACAACAUCAUCAAUUAAUUAUGCUGCACUUGACUGUUAUGCUCAUACAUAUGACUUUAGAUCACCUUACAAUUUACAGUUCUAUAAAAUAAAAGUAGCAUUGCAAUGCAAACAAAAAUAUGACUCAUUUAGUGUUCAAUCAGAAACAGUUGGUGCAAAUGAGAAAGGAAUAAGAAUAUGUCCUUAUAUUCGAAAUGAAGAAUUAGAAUGGAAAACACAAUAUCAAUCAUCUGUUAUAAUCUAUGGAUUAUUGUUAGAAAUAAAAAAAUCUAUUCAUAAUUUAGAUAUUGAUUCAAUAUCACUACCACCAUCACCAUCGAUGAGUCGUAGAAGUACGAAAAUAUUAAUAAAUACAAUAUAUCAAUAUUUUCGUUCAGAAAUGCAGAAUGUAACGACAUCAACAGAGAGACAACUAUCACUAGAUGAAUCUACAGAUACAAGACUUUCUGUGACAUCAAGUAUCGAUCAAAAGAACGAAUAUAUGACGACCAAAUGUUUAAUAUCAAAAUGGGAUAUAAUUAUUUUGAUAACAUUUAUAGCUGUAAAUAUUUUACCAAUAGCUCUUCUAAUUGUUGGUCAAAUCUACAAAUUUGAUUGUCCAGUUGAACCAUGGAUUCCACGAUGGAUGAUUACUUUUGGAAUUGUAAGUUUAUGUCGUAUUAAUUUCGUGUAUAUUAUGGUAAGAUUUUAG